UGGAAUGUGCUUUUUCUUUCUCCUCUUCAGGCACACAUCCACUGCGAGGACGUGUUUGGCAUCUUGGGAGAAAAUUUUACUUUUCCAGUAAAAAUAGACCAGAAAAUAGAGGAAAUUUUUUGGACGAAAAACAAGGAUAGAGUGGCUGCAUGGGAAGGGCAAAACAAACCGACAUAUUUUACUUCUCUCAAGAACAGAGGCUUGCUUAACAAGGAGAAUGGGUGCUUGACUAUAUUUAACUUGGAGAAAAAUGAUGCUGGCAUAUAUGUGUUAGAGUACUUGGAUUCUGGGAAAGAAAGUUAUGACUUAAAAUUCACGCUUGCUGUGUUAGCUCGUCCUUUAGAACCUGAAAUAAGUUGCAACGUCAGUGGUGAUGACCUUGUGUUAAAAUGUACAGCAGAUUUUGAGAAGCCUCUGAAUUACACUUGGAAGUUCAGUAGCCUGCGGAUCACUUAUCAGACCCAGGAAGUUUUCAUCCCUAAGAAGAAUAUUGAUGCUUCUGAGAAAGCUGCAUGUUCCAUUAAAUUCUCUCAAAUGGAAAAGAGCUCUGCAAUCUCUUUGACUGAAUGCUUUCCAGAUAAAAAAGGAGGCAGCCUUCACAAAAGAAGCAGGGGUGGUCUUGUUGCAGCUUUUGUUCUGUUAAUUCCAGUUGUAGGAAUACUAGGAUUCCUGUACAGAAGAGAACUCUCUGCCAUGCAGAACAGCACCCUGACAUCCAAGUGUGUGGCUGACCAUGGUGUAAGUGAGGAAGACACCUUUAAGAAGGAGAACAGCAGCUUGCUGGCCAAGCAUGCAGGUGACCAUGGUGUAAGUGGAGAAGAAGUGACACAGGAUGCAGAAAGUGGAACUGGGGAACACCUGAGCAACUCUCCGAGCUGCAGUAAAGAAGAAAACAGAGUGAGAAUUAUUAGGAGGAAGGGGGCCUGUGUGUAG